AUGCAAGUCCUGAACCAUCACUUGAUUAACACUGGUCCAUCAAUUGAUGGUGUGGUUGAAUGGAUAUUAUCACUGUUAAUACCUGUUGAUCCUCCACCUGCAUCCCAUGUGCUGCAAGAUUCACCUGCACGAAACUCUCCUUCCCUGUCCCAUGCGUUGCAAGCUCCACCCACACCCAACUACUCUCCUCCUUCCCCAUCCCCUGUGCCACGAGUUUUGCCAGCAUGCUACUCUCCUCUUGCCCCAAUACCAUUCCCACCACCUGUGAAUCCCGAGGACGCUGUCCCAAAAAUCGAGGCAACAGUGUCAAAGCUAGAUCCAGGAGCAGUAGGAGGCGAGGGGAUACUCAAGUUUUUCUCUCGAAUUACCCAAGAGGCAAAGGCCGUUGAGAUAAAGCAACAAUUUGAAGUGUUACAUGAAUCAUCUGCAUCAUGGGCUGAGGCUGCAAAGUUGAGGGCAGCAACAGUUGUAGCUAGUCGAAGGGAAUACAACCGGUUGCGACAAGCUAAUUUACGUGCUAGUCGGAAGAGAACUCUCACCGAUGUGCCAAAAAAUGGUGAUAAAAAGUGCCAGAUCGACACUCCAGAUAUCAUGACAAGCUCACAAAGCCUAUUUCAAAGUGCUGGUCCACUGAAUGUGGCUCAAGUGUCACGUCCUAAGCGUGGACUUAUGAUCAAGGAACGUGAGACAAGUAAGAUGAAAGGCCCUCACCAAUCUGGACGGCGACAGACAAAGGAGAUCAAAGAAGCUGUUUGGACAUAUUGGUGGGCCCCCACUUUCUUUCUACUUCUAACAGAGGCAGCAGAGAAAGUUUGUUGGGUGGGCCCAACCAAGAUUGUACAGCAGGCACAAUGCACAUCACCUUCGCUAUUCAAGAAGCUCACAUCUCAAGUGAUUGGGAGACAUAUUGUCAAAGGGAAAGGGUGGAAUGAUGAUGCCUUAAGGAAGGAGAGUCUCCUGGGGGGAAAACAACUCAGCGAGGAAUUUUGGGUUAUGGCAGCUCCAGGGCCAGGGUCGGACAAGAUGACAGUAGACCGCUAA